GUGAAGUGACAGGCCGGAAGUUCACUGUCGUUAGCCACGCUGACAUCACGAGCGCGGAAGCGGUGUUUUUAAUUCCAGGUUUAUCUUUCCACAAGACUGCAACUGCUUUCUUCGGAGGUCGUGUAGCCUCAGCGAUAUCACAUUAAAUAGUUGCAGGAUGGCCUGGAGUGGGAGGCUGCCCUGCUUCCUCUCCUGCCUCUUCAUCUACACGCUGUCUCCUUGUGACUCCCACCCUCACUGGACUCUGCCUGUGCGACCAUCCAAUGAUACUGCAAGAAAAGUUUCAGACGUGGCCACAGAGGUCGCAGCCUAUGCGGAUGUGGCAAAGCAAAUCAUUGAGCUGGCUGUGUUUGGAGCUGCCCAGAACCGCUCGUACAGACGACUGGCCGAUUUCACCGACACCAUCGGGAAUCGCGUCAGCGGCUCAGCCAACCUGGAGAUGGCUAUCAAAUACAUGUACAGCGCUCUGACACAGAAUGGGCUGGAUGUACACUUAGAACCUGUCAAAAUCCCCCAUUGGGUCAGAGGGAAGGAAAGUGCAGAAAUGAUUGUGCCUAGGGUCAAAAAUCUGGCACUGCUCGGGCUCGGCAGCAGUGUAGGGACCCCACCUGAAGGUAUUAAAGCAGAGGUCUUGGUGGUUCGGUCGUUCGAUGAGCUGAAGCAAAGAGCGAGCGAGGCCCGGGGUAGCCGUGUAGUUUUCAAUCAGCCAUUUGUCAGCUAUGGGGAGACAGUGGCUUAUCGUGCAUUUGGAGCAUCUGAAGCAGCUAAAGUGGGAGCUGUUGCCACCCUCAUUCGAUCUAUUACUCCCUUCUCCAUUAACAGCCCACACACAGGUUGGCAGGAUUACCAAGAUGGAGUGAAGCGCAUCCCGACAGCCUGCAUCACUGUGGAGGACGCUGAGAUGAUGUGGCGCAUGUCACAGAGGGGGCAGAAGAUCGUGGUCAGAGUCACAAUGGGAGCCAAGACUUUGCCAGACGCCGACUCGUUCAACGUGGUUGCUGAAAUCCCAGGCUGGCAGUACCCCGAGCAGGUUGUCUUACUGAGUGGUCACUUGGACAGUUGGGAUGUGGGCCAGGGUGCCAUGGAUGAUGGAGGCGGAGCCAUGAUUUCUUGGGAAGUCCUCUCUCUCAUCAAGGACUUAGGUCUGCGUCCGAGGAGAACCCUCCGAACCGUGCUGUGGACGGCUGAGGAGCAGGGUGGAGUUGGAGCACAGCAGUACUACGAUCUGCACAAGGUGAACAUUUCCAAUUUUGACCUGGUCAUGGAGUCUGACGUGGGAACAUUCAGACCAGUGGCUCUGCAAUUUACUGGCAACGAUGCAGCACGAAAGGUAAUGGAGGAAGUGGUCAAACUGUUGGCUCCCAUUAACACCACCAAGCUGGAGACGCACGCAGAAGGGACGGACAUCUCCCCCUGGAUGCAGGCAGGAGUUCCAGGAGCCAGCCUUCAUGUGGCAGACAGUCGGUACUUUUGGUUCCACCACAGUGAAGGGGACUCUAUGAGUGUCCAGGACCCCCAGGACAUGAACCUGUGCUCAGCACUGUGGGCUGUGGUUUCCUAUGUUGUGGCAGACCUGCAGGACAUGCUGCCCAGGUAGUAAGUGGGACACUUUCAUGGUUGAUGCUCAGGCAUGUGGCUAAAGCCAAUAUUUUAGGGAAUGAAAUUGAAUAGGAUUUAUUAUGUCGGUUUUUGUUUGUAAAUUGAAUGUAAAUAUGUCUUAAAUCAAACUAUAUUGUUCUGCAGUGGCAACAAGCACCAGCAGUGAGUGGCUGCUUAGAAUUCAGUGUUCUAUAACACAAAAGACCAAACUUAUUUUAAAAGCUGCAUUUUUAUGUUACUAUUCCACUUUUCUACUAUGAUGUUUUGUAAAAUCUCUCUGUAGAAUCAUUGCACUGUGUGAUACAUAAAGUAUAAAUGAUUGUUUGCGGCUG